CAUAAGCAAAAAUUGCCACUAUAUGUCUGUCACUAUAAGUCUGCUAUAAUUGCCUCUUUUUGGUUGGUAAUAUCGUAAUAACAAGAUGGAAAGUCAGGUCGUGCCAAAACCAUGCAGAAUUGACAACGAAGAAGCUCUUCUCUCUUCUAUGGAAAUGGGCAUUUACAUCGCCAUUAGCUCUAUUGGCAGUAUUCUAGCAAUCACUGGAAAUGGGCUUGUGAUACUCCUAGUAUAUAAGAAACGGUCACUACGCAAUGCUUCCAACUUUUUUCUCUGCUCUCUUGCUGUUGCUGACMUUUGGGCUGGAUUCGUACCAAUCCCUAUUGCUACGUCGGUGGUAUGGCUUGAUGUAUCGUGUAAUACUCUUACCAAACUAAAUGAUUUUUUGGGAGUGCACAUUCUUGUUGUGACGGCACUGAACCUAUCUGCCGUAAGCAUCGAUAGACUUAUUGCUGUGAAAUGGCCUUUGCGUUAUCCCAGUAUAAUGAAAACUUCAACCACAAGACGAGCCUUGUUGGUUAUAUGGGUAACGUCCAUAGUCUUCGCUAUACCUACUACAUGCGUUUGUUGUAAUGACAUGUUAAUAUAUUGGCUUUUUAUCUCAGUUUUAACGAUUCUUAUUCCCUUUCUUGUCAUUCUGUACUGCUACAGUGCAAUCUUAAAAAUUUCUUCACAACAACAGCAGCGCAUUAUUCCAAUAAUACAUCAACAAGCGCCUCAURAUACCAGAAACGGCCGACACCUUGGAGUUAAAAAGAACCGCAAAGCAAUGACAAGGUUCCUUGCAGUUAUAUCUUUAUUAAUAUUAGCUUUACUCCCCAAUCUUAUCUGCGCGAUACUGAUCAUGAUUCCAUUCAAGAAUUGCCCUUCGGCUGUGCAGGCCAUUCUGAAUCACUGGGACUGGAGUGUGCUUUUCUUCAACUUAAGCCCAUUUUUAAAUCCCUGUAUUUAUGCAUUGAGCAACAGGCAAUAUCGAUCUGCUUUUAAGAACAUCAUCAAAAGGGAAAAUGGAUCAAAUACAGUUCAAAUGUUGCCACAAGCGCAGUGAAAAUAUGUUAAUUCAGAAACCAAUUGACUAACAUUAAGCUGGAGUAAAGAGUCAAGUUUAAAUUGACUUCCCAUAACAAACAGCUGUUUACUGGACUCGUUCCAUUUCGUUAUAAAGCAUGAUUUAGCGAAGAAAUGGUAAUGUUAAGAACUAUACCACAAAGAAAAAAAGAAAGCCUCACUCGUCAAAUCAACUAAGACUGUACAAYAAUGCAAUAACAAGAGGCAAGAAAGAGACAAACAAAAAUAGAAAAAAGCAGGAGGCGUACUAACUAUAUUCACGAUACUCUAACUUAGGUUGCGCAUCGUGGAAUGAUAUAUAGAAAAGAAAGAUACGCAGUCAAGAAAGGAGAAAGCAAAAGACGCAUGGUAUUAAGACUAUUCGUGAGACUCCUAACUUCAGGGAGUCCAAUUCAAAACCGAAUGUGGUGAGCAAUCAGGAAUUAUAUAGGCCAGAAAGAUACAUUCAAGAAAAGGAGCCUGAGAAAGCAAGAUACGCAGGAAUAAGAAUAUUCGUAAGACUUCUCACAUGAGCCGGGAGUCGAACUUAAGACAGACCCUGGUGCGCAUCCAGUAAUGAUAUGUAGGCAAUCCGAGAAAGAAACAUGAAGGCCCGAGAAGAAAAGACAGAAAGGGAAUGUAUAUGCAUCGCCUGUAAAGUAAGCCAUUAUUCUUCCAGGAUGGUUAUAAAGCAGGCAUCUUUCUUUCUAAACACUAGAUUUUAAAAGGAUCUCAGUCGCUAAGAAUAAGAACCCGACAAAAGAGAACCCAACAAAACUAUAGCAUUGCUAAAGACGGGAGAGCGAAAUAUGGMUUCUAUAUAAGAGCCCUGGCUUCUGAAGUUGUAGCCUGGUGUGUAAUAGCUUUAAGAAAAAGAAUUAAAUCAAAAACAAUGCGAAACAAAACAAAACGAAAACCACAAAACAAAAAUAUUCAAGAAAUAAAUAACACGACGCUAAGCAUUCCAUUUACA